AUUGGGUAAUGCAGCUUCAGCCCGUUUACGUACACACAGGAGGUCGUGUUCGCUGCGAUAGGAGCAAAAAAUAUUCAAGUAAAUAACAACUCUUUGGUGUCAGGGUUAAUUAUCCACUAACAAAAAAGAUGGCGCAGUGGUGCCAGCUUCAGCAGUUGGACUCCAAGUACUUGGAGCAGGUGGACCAGCUGUAUGACGACUGCUUUCCCAUGGACAUCCGACAAUACCUGAGCAAAUGGAUCGAGAGCAUUGACUGGGACAUGGUAGCAAUGCAGGACUCCUUGGCCACUGUCCGGUUCCACGACCUCUUGGCUCAGCUGGAUGACCAGCAAAGUCGCUUUGCUUUGGAAAGCAACUUCCUGCUACAGCACAACAUCGCAAGAUCAAGAGGAAACCUGCAGGACCGGUUCCAGGAAGAUCCGGUCCACAUGGCUAUGAUCAUCUCCAGGAAUCUGAAAGAGGAGCAGAAGAUCCUUGUCAGUGUCAACAGUGCCAAACAGGAAGGUGAGGGGGCCAUUGCGGCUAUGGUGGUGGAGAAGCAGAAGUUGGACAACAAAGUGAAGGAGAUGAAGGACAGAGUCCAGGUUGUGGAUCAAAAUAUUAAGGAUCUUGAAGAGCUGCAGGAUGAAUAUGACUUCAAAUUCAACACACUGAAAAACCAAGAGAACGAAGUGAACGGAAUGUCUCAGAUGAAGCUGGAGAAAGAGAAGAUGAUGAUCGGCAGGAUGUGCUUUGAGCUGAAAGCCAAACGACAGGACGUGGUGGUCCAGCUUGCCGAACUUCUGAACGUGACUCAGGCUUUGCUGUCGGACCUGAUCAGCGAGGAGCUGCCGGAGUGGAAGCAGCGCCAGCAGAUCGUCUGUAUCGGCGGGCCGCCAAAUGCCUGCGUGGACCUGCUGCAGCACUGGUUCACGGUGGCAGCAGAGAGCCUGCAGCAUGUCCGUCAGCACCUGAAGAAGCUGCAAGAGUUGGAGCAGAAGUUCACAUACGACAACGACCCCAUCACCCAGAAGAAAGGCUUCCUGGAGGCCCGAGCUUUGGAUCUCCUCAAGACCCUCCUUACCAACUCUUUGGUUGUAGAGCGUCAGCCGUGCAUGCCCACCCACCCACAGAGGCCACUGGUGCUCAAAACAGGCGUCCAGUUCACCGUCAAACUCCGGUUCCUGGUUAAGCUGCAGGAAUUUAACCAUCAACUCAAAGUCAAAGCUUUAUUUGAUAAGGACGUCGUGGAGAAAAAAGGGUUUCGAAAGUUCAACAUUUUAGGGACAAACACAAAAGUUAUGAACAUGGAGGAAUCAAACGGGAGCUUGGCAGCAGAAUUCCGACAUUUGCAACUGAAAGAGCAGAAAGUUCCUGGAAACCGAAACAAUGAGGGUCCCCUGAUCGUCACAGAGGAGCUUCAUUCACUCAGCUUCGAGUCUGAGCUCAAUCAGUCUGGCCUCAGCGUCAAGCUGGAGGUCAUGUCACUUCCUGUUGUCGUCAUCUCUAAUGUUUCCCAGCUACCCAGCGGCUGGGCCUCCAUCCUCUGGUACAACAUGCUGACCACUGAGCCCAAGAAUCUAAAGUUCUUCCUGUCGCCUCCACCAGCAAAAUGGUCUCAGCUAUCCGAGGUUCUCAGCUGGCAGUUCUCCUCCGUCACCAAGCGAGGCCUGAACCAGGAGCAGCUCAACAUGCUAGCAGACAAACUACUCGGAUCCAAAGCCCAGCAGAACCCAGAGGGGCAGAUCCAGUGGCCCAAGUUCUGCAAGCAAACUGCAAACGAGAAAGCCUUUCCUUUCUGGUUGUGGAUCGAAGGAAUUCUGGAUCUCAUCAAAAGACAGCUGCUUUGUCUGUGGAAUGACGGGUCUAUCAUGGGUUUCAUCAGUAAGGAGAGAGAGAAGGCUCUGCUGAUUGACAAGUGUCCGGGAACCUUCCUGCUCAGGUUCAGUGAGAGCAGCAAAGAGGGCGCCAUCACCUUUACCUGGAUCGAACACGAUGUGCACGGUGAAUAGCCGGUCUACCACUCUGUGGAGCCGUACACCAAGAAGGAGUUGGGUGCCGUUUCACUGCCUGACAUCAUCCGCACCUACAAGAUGAUGGCUGCCGAUAAUAUUCCAGAGAACCCGCUCCGCUUCCUCUACCCAGACAUCCCGAAAGACAAAGCCUUCGGAAAAUACUACACCAAACCGUCAGAGACUUCAGAGCCCAUGGACACGGAGAACCUUGAGAAAUACGGCUACAUGAAGACGGAGCUCAUAUCAGUCUCAGAAGUGUAA